AUGAGUGAGAAGCUGAAGCCCGCUGCCCGGGUGUCCGGGCGACGGCAGGAUGUCUGGACCAUCAUCAACGAGGCCGCAGCUGCCUCGCCCAAGCAGCCCAUCAUCAACAUGGGCCAGGGCUUCUUCGGCUACAACCCGCCGGAAUUCAUCCUGAAUGCCGCCAAGGACGCGCUCAACCGGGUCGAGUGCAACCAGUACUCUCCCACCAAGGGGCGUCCAAGGCUGAAGAAGGCCAUCUCCGAGGCCUAUGCACCGCAUUGGGGACGGAAACUGGACCCGGAGACCGAGAUCACCAUCACCACGGGGGCGAACGAGGGCAUGCUGAGCGCCUUCAUGGCCUUCAUCGAGCCGGGGGACGAGGUCAUUAUCUUUGAACCCUUUUUCGACCAAUACAUCAGCAACAUCGAGAUGCCCGGCGGCAAGAUCGUCUACGUGCCCAUGCACCCGCCCAAAGAAGGCGCCGUCAAGACGCUUUCGGCGGGGGAAUGGACCAUUGACUUUGACGAGCUCGAGCGGGCCAUCACCCCCCGAACCAAGAUGCUAGUCCUCAACACGCCGCACAAUCCCGUCGGCAAGGUCUACUCCCGCGACGAGCUCCAGAAGAUCGCCGACCUCUGCCUCAAGCACAAGAUCAUCAUCCUCUCCGACGAGGUCUACGACCGCCUCUACUACGUGCCCUUCACGCGCAUCGCGACGCUGUCCCCGGAGGUGGAGCAGAUCACUCUGACAGUGGGCUCGGCCGGCAAGAACUUUUACGCCACGGGGUGGCGGGUCGGCUGGUUAAUGGGGCCUCCCCAUCUGAUCCAGUACGUCUCGGCCGCCCACACCCGCAUCUGCUACUCCUCCGUCUCGCCGCUGCAAGAAGCAUGCGCAAUCGGCUUCGAGCAAGCCGACUCCCACAACUUCUGGACGCAGUGCAUCACCGACAUGAAGCACAAGAUGAGCCUCUUCAACGCCGUCUGGGACGAGCUGGGCAUCCCCUACUCGGAGCCCGAGGGCGGGUACUUUGUGAUGGUGAACCUGGCGAAGGUCGCCAUCCCGGAGGGCUACCACUUCCCGCCCCACGUGGCGGAGCGCCCGCGCGACUUCAAGCUCGCCUGGUUCCUGAUCCAGGAGUUGGGCGUCGCGGCCAUCCCGCCCAGCGAGUUCUACACCGAUGCGAACUGCCAUAUUGCCGAGGACUAUCUGCGGUUUGCGGUCUGUAAGCCCGAUGAGGUCCUCGAGGAUGCCAAGGAGCGGUUGAGGGGGUUGAGGAGGUAUCUGAAGUAA